GCUGCAGAGCGGCCCAAGAUGCGAAUGAAAGAAUUUUAUCUUUGCUCGCUGUCAAACUAGCUGGCUGCUGCUGUGGGAAGACAGAGAUAGCGCGGGUAUGCGCGAGCGAGUAGAAACGAGACACAGCGUGCUACAAGGGGCUAAGGCAGGGGGCUGCGAGAAGCAAGCAGUAAGGGCGCAGACGGAAAGGCUGAAAAGCAAGGGCAACAAAACGUCAAGAAACAGAGAGCACAAAGUUUGGAAGCGUGAGGAUCGCGUCGCGUUGUGUGUGCGUGCUUCUUUUUGUGUGUGUGUGUGUUGUCUGCUGUUUCAAUAGUUUUCAGACGCGACCAAGGGGGCGACAAUUCGGGUAAAAAGGUCGACUGGGUGUGCAAAGGGAAAGUAACUAACCAACCAAUCAACCAACCAGCCAAACCCAUCCACCUCGCAUCGCUGAAGUUAGAAGCUCGAGUGUGUGCAUGAACGCGUCGAGUAUGGGCCGUGCACUGGGGCUAGCGUUCAGGGUGGCGAUGGGCUGUCUGCUGCUGCUCGGCUGCUGGACGCCCGAGGCCACCGCCGCGACGGCGACAUCUACGCUGUCCGGCAUCUACGUCGAUAAUGGCGUCGGGCAGACCGUGCUGGAGGACGCGCUCACGUACGAGGAGCAGCAGGAGAUCGAGAACGAAAUACUGAACCUGCUCGGACUUCCGGGGCCGCGGCCGGCCGUCCGCCAUCUGCAUUCCUCGGUCGGCAAAUCUGCGCCUCAAUUUCUGCUCAAUGUCUACGAUCAACUGCAGCAGGAGGAGAACGACGCGCCAGCCGGGGCUGGCCGGAUACGAAAGGUUCGUAGCACUGACAUGGACAUCCUGAUCACCGAAGCCGACAGGAAAGCGAUUGAUGAGAGUGAUAUUAUAAUGACGUUUUUGAAUAAGAACCAUCACGGUUCGGAGAUGCGGCACGAGAAGGGACGCCGCCUCUGGUUCGGCAUCGCCAAUAUCGAGGAUGACGUGAGCGUGCUGAUGGCCGAGCUGCGGCUCUACCGGAAGCUGAACCUGAACAAGUACACCACCUACAACACGUCCCUCACCCUGACCGUGUACGCACUGACCGAGCUGAACGGCGAAAGUGAGAUGACGGAAAUCUCCAGCAUGCAGCUGACGGGAGACUACGAGGGUUGGCUCGAGAUCAACGUUACCGGUGCGGUUAAUCUGUGGCUCAAGAACAGGCAGGCCAACCACGGUCUCUACAUCGGCGCCUACUUUGGCGAACGGGUCGAGCGGGAGGUCAAGCUGGACGAUGUAGGAUUCGUGAGUGCGCGGGGCAGCGAGGAGUAUCAACCGUUCCUGGUGGUGUACGCGAACAGCCAGCAGAUGAUGAAGCCGAUGCUGCAGCGGCACCUGACGCGCAAUAAGCGCAGCCAGCCGGCGCGCAAGCGCAAGAGCGGCAAAACCGACCACCGGCACCCGUUCCAGUACCAUCCGACGUACGAUCAGCACAAGAGCUGCCGGAUCCAGCAGCUGUACGUGAGCUUCAAGGAUUUGCAGUGGCAUGAGUGGAUUAUUGCACCGGAAGGGUACGGGGCGUACUACUGCAGCGGCGAAUGUAACUUCCCGCUGAACGCGCACAUGAACGCCACCAAUCACGCGAUAGUGCAGACGCUGGUACAUUUGAACCAUCCGACUAAGGUACCGAAGCCAUGCUGCGCUCCGACCAAACUGAUUCCCAUCUCCGUCCUGUAUCACAUCGACGAGUCGAACGUGAAUCUGAAAAAAUACAAGAACAUGGUUGUGAAAAGCUGUGGAUGCCAUUAGGAGAAGAAUGGAAGGAGAAGAAGCAGUGGGCGAUAGGGUAGAUUUUCAUUUUUGUAACAAAACACACACACACAUUUUGUAGGAUAUCUCACAUGAUAUGAACGAAUGAAGCGGUCAUACUAUCGCGAGCGUUUGCCGGUCGCACGCCUGCAAGCCACACGUGGAAAUGGCGCUGGCUUGCGCAAGUGUUGUGCGCAAACUUCUUUGUUUGUGCGCGUGCGAAAGGGCCGUUCGCGAAUUAGUGCUUAAGGGACGCGCGUCCAGGCAGGGCCCCAUCGUCGGGCUGGGUGGUGGCUCAUCAUAUUAUGCUGCACGAGUGCAGUAUGCUUUCGUGUCGCUUGCUGUAACUAAACCGGUAGGGGCGUGCGGUCGUUGCGAGAGGUGUGCUGCUGCUUUCCCGUGUUGGUGCGCAAUGCCAUGUUUUCGCCUCGUCUAACAUGGCAGUUGCUGCAGCAGGAGAACAGUUUGAGAGAGAGAGAGAGCGAGCGAUGCUUCUCCCCGCCCCAUACGUCAUCGGUAUGGAGCGUUUGGCGAGAGGAGAUUUUGGGGACAGUGGCUCACUGAACGGCACCCCCACUGGCCGUCAUUGCAGACAUGUACAUCACAUAAGGAAAAGUAUUAAUUGGUUAAACAUAAUGGCUAAUCGGAAUCUCGGGCCAGAGUACAUAUACACGAAGGAAUUAAAAAAAACACAGAACAAAAAAGCAAGAAAUGCAACGAAUGUAUAUUAAACAAACUUAUUUGAUAAUGCUGAUCUACUUGUGUAUAAUAUGCUCAACACUGAAAGCGAAAGUGGAAAAUCAAAAUAAAGCUACUCAUUUAUUGUCGUA